GCAGGCCAUCCCCUCCAGUGAACUUGAGACGAAAGAGGAAGACUGAGCAGGAGGCCCCAAUGGAGCGCCGGCCUCCGUGGCGGUGGGCCCCGCCGGACCUGCUCUCAGGCCCCUGGCUCCUGGCCUUGCUCCUGUUUCCCUGGACCCUGCGGCUCACAGGAGGGCAGUCUGUGACCCAAAUUGGUGCCCCCAUUUUGGUCUCUCUGGCCAACAAGGCCAUUUCCUUCGACUGCAGAAUCACGUACCCGGACAGCCCCAAAUUCAGGGACUUCACAACCUGGUACUUUCACGUGGACCUCCAGAAACGGGAGAGCCCCAAGGAGCAGAUGAAAUGCUCACCCGACCUGGCCAAAGAGAACCAGACGCACACCCUGCAAUGCCGGGUCACCCCCACGCUGCCCAGCGCGUCCGCCACUGGUACCUACUACUGCUCCGUGGACUGGCAGGACUUGAAAAUGAUCAGCGAAGGCGUCUUCAUCCUGGUCAGAGACGCAGGGUACCGAGCCCCCGCGCAGGACUCCCAGCUGCUCCUGCUCUCCGGCUUCACGGGCCUCCUGACCGCGCUGAGCGUCUUGGUCACAGCCCUGCUGCUCUGGAAGAAGAAACGGAGGCUGACUCCUCGGAAGAAGCCCGCCCAGAAGGGCUCGGCCCCGGGCGCCCGCAGCCAGCAGCAGCCUCUAGACGAGUCCGUCUACACGGCCCUGCAGUGCAGAGACACUGAAGUUUACUCCUGCCUCCAGAAUGAGGCCCGCAGGCUGCCGCCCACCCAGAGCCUCCUCUCGCAGGAGAAACCGCAAGGAUUUACGGAUGACAGUGAAUUUAACAUGGUCUAUGAAAACCUCUAGAACGGGAACCACUGGCCCAUUGGUCUGGGCCUGAAUCCGGGGCCCCAUGCAGCCCCUCCCUCCACAGGAUUGGCCCCAUACCAGGAGCAAGGCCCCAGGGGUGCCCCAUCACCUCACCCCCACAUUCGAGGCACUUCAAGCCUGGGUCUACCCCCUACCCCCCCCCCAUUCUGUGCCCCAGCCAUACCCACUGAGCAUCUCACA